AUGAGUAUAUUCACUUUCAUCGCAUUCCUGGCCGCCGCUCGUGGUUUAUCGCAUUACAGCCUCGACCCUCGGAGUGUUGCUGUGUUCCCUCACUACCAGUCCCCUUUUACCCAAGGAUUGUUUGUUUUGUCGAGUGAGAGUCCUGCGGGCGGGAAGGCGUCGGUUGGCCGUUGUUUGACGGGGUGUUUGGAGUCGUUGUCGGGGGAGUCGUUAUCGAGAGGGAAGCCGAGAACGUCGGUAUGUUACGUGGAGUGUCUGAGGUCGCAUUCUUUAUGUUUGUAUGAGUCUGUGGGAGGUUAUGGUACUUCCGAGUUUCGUGUGAUUCGUGAUUUUGAGGAAGGUGUGCCGGAGUCGAGACUAUCCUUUCCUAGUACAGUGUUCGGUGAGGGAUCAGACUUGGUGCAUAGCAAUGAGACUCACCACCACUUCCUAAUGGGUACGUGGCGGUCCAAGGUGAUUUAUCUGUUGUCACAGUCAAGAGAGGGUGGCCCAGUGUCUCUGGAACGCACCAUCAAGAUGAGACAGCAUCGAGAACUAUGGGGUGUGGCGGCAGACAGCUUGAGUCAACGAGUCUGGAUUACGACCGGGGAAAGCGAAGUCUAUACUUACAGGGCCGGCGACUUUCUGAAGGAUGAAAAUCCCAUUCCUAUCAAUGUAGUCACUCUUCGUUGCGAUGGACAACCUAUAAAGCGGGUCAACGAAUUAGACUAUGACAAAUCCACUGGCACUCUCUGGGCUAAUGUCUGGUUCUCUUCACUGCUGUACCAAUUCGAUCCCGACUCUGGCAAAUGUCUCGCCAAACUCGAUGUCGAAGACUCAGACCCACGCAUCAAGAAAAUCGCCAAGGCCAACCAGUCCAAUAUCAACUCCGUCUGGAACGGAAUUGCCACCCUCGGAGACCGCUGGCUCAUUUUCACGGGCAAACUCUUCCCCUACAUAUUCAUCGCAAGAUACACACUCUAA